UUUAAUACGAAAAAUAUAAAUCAUAAUUUCAUUUAAAACAUAGCUUUUAAAUUGUAAUUAUCUCACCACAAUAAUACAAAAUGAUAUACUUUGUACUGAUGAACUGACAAUCAUUUCUUUAACAAAAUUAAUCUUCUUUUUUAUAUUUCCGUUGCUAGACAUAUGAACAAAUACGCUAAAUUCACGUCGCUUCAAAUUUUUUUGUUAAAUCGGACAAUUUCUAGCAAAGAUUAAUGCAUUAUUAAGGCUUCUAUUUCAAUCAAAUAAAACUGUCACAGGUUGUGUUUUUAGUUUUGUUACAGAAUAAUUAAAUGUCCCGCGUUAUUGUUUAUGUCUCCAGCAUUUCACGAUCCUCAAAAGUUUAGUAUGUAGUAUUUCAUUCAAAUCUGGGUUUAUGAAAUGGUGAAAGAAAGGAAUGCUCUUAGGUUUUGAUAAGUACGCGUCUGUGACUAUUGUGACUCAUGGUUGGCUAGAAUUUUGGUGUAUGUGUGUCAUUACGCAUUUAUAAAAAGUUCAACAAUAAAAAUUAAUUGCUCAAAAAUCCGGUGACUUCAAUUUGACGUUAAGAGGACUCUUAUUUUGUUAUUUUAUAUGCCUCUUUUGCAGUUUGAUCCCGUUGAAAAUGAUUUUUGUCUUCAGUCAUUAUGUAACGAAGGAAUAUCAUGUUUAUAGAUUAUACUUAUUUCUCAGCAGAUACACUCUUGCAAUGUUACGUCAAAGAUGCAUCAAGGUAUCCACUAGACAAUUUGAUUUUAUCAGGUGGUGUUUAUUACGCGGGCUUGAAUGCUGUACAUCGUUUUUAACAAUGUCUAUAUUAUUUUCAGUUUUAGUUUUCAUAAUUGUCUAAAUCAUUAUUUCAUUUUGAUUUAUUCAAUAUUCAAUUUUGAUCAAUUCAAUAUUCCAUUUUGACUCAUUUAUUAUUCAUUUUGAUGAUGGAUUAUUUUACUUCAUAUCUUUUUUUCCUCACAGUUUCAUCAUAACUGAAGCAUGUAAGAAAUUAUAAGUUUAUAUAUCCGUUUCAUUUAGUUGAGAAGAUGUUGACUUUGUCAUGUGUAUAUUUUGUUUAACAAAUAAUUUAAUAGCUUAAUUUGCCCUACAAUGUAAGAUGCUUAUUUUCUUCUGUGAUUUUUGAAACACGUGAUUUAGAAAACAAAUAGGUACAUUAUCGUUUGUUAUUUCUCUUCAGAGGAAAAUGGAUAAAAUUUGGUAUAACAUCAAAGAGGAUAAUGACACAAAGGUUCAAGAAAUGUGUAAAAAGAAAUUGGACUUAGCUUUCAAAGGAUGUAUUGAGGAAAAACUUAAAAAGAAAGAGUAUGAAACAGCAGGUGGUUACCCAAAAUUUCAACGUGAUGUUGAACGGCUAAAGGAAGAGUAUGUCAGUAAUCUCAGCGAUUAUGAGGAAAACGAGAUUUUACAUGCAUGGUAUGGAUUUAUAAAAUGUAAUAAAGAAACAGUAGCAAGAAUUGUUGAAGCAGACGAAAACCUGUCGGAAAAGAAGAAAGAAGACGAGCAAAGGCGAAAUCAAGAAUGCAUCGAACAACUUUUGCAGGAACAACAAAAGGCUCAACAGGAAACUCUAGAAAAACAAAGAAAAGAUCUAGAAGAUCAUUACACAAUCUUAGAUAAAGAUCGUGAUGAACAGCUCAAAGCAGAUCAAGCUAAACAUAAAUCCUUGGUGACAGAAAGGUUUGAAAAAGACGCAGCACAGAAGGAAAUUAAACGUUAUACAAAGGAAGCAAAAAAGAGAGAUCAGUGGUUUGGGGCAAGAAUGUGGAAUGCAGGGAAUGAUUGUUUAAUGCUGCUUGGUUUACUGAUAAUACUAAUAUGUAUUAAUUCAGUAUGGGUUUUAUUCCACAAUGUGUAAUUAAUAAUUUUGACAAUAACAUGAGUUGUAUUUCAUUAUGAUUUUACUAAUUUAUUUCUCUUUCGCAAAACGCAUACACACACCCCAUAAUUCUUUUUCUGUAUGUAUUCAUAUAUGUCAAUGAAGUUAAAGUUAUUAUGCUUAAUACGUUUCAAUUGAAAACAUAAAUAAAUGUUGAAAUAUAAUGAAUAUUACAAACAGCAAUGUUACUUAAACAUAGUUUUCAAAUGGACUUAGAAAUUUGAACUGAAAAUAGCAUGCAUUGCUUAAUAACACGUUUAAUUAUUCAUUAAUAAUUAUUUUCUUUAUUAUCUUCUAUAUUCAUUAUCGACUAAUAUUACCUGUCAAACAAAUGAAGUUUAAAUAGCUGAGAUACGUUUGUUUUCGUAAGUGUCUAUUAUUUUAAUGCAUUGCAGCUUAUCAGUCUGAUAAAAUGAAUCACCAAUCCUUUGUCUGCAGUUUUAAAAUCAAUUAAUAGAUAAUAAUUUUGUUUAUUUAUUUUUAAAGUUCUUUGUUUUAAAAGUUUUUUGUUUGAAAGUAUGUCAUAUUGUGUGUAGAUAUAUAACCGACACAAUGAUUAGAAAGUGAAUAUGAAUGUUUUUUAAUGUAUGUUGUUUGAUUCAGAACUGUGCGUUAUAUUUGAAAAUAAUUUGUGACAAAAUAUAUAUCUGUAGAUUAAGAAAUAUAUUUAUGAUAAUCG